AUGAAGCAAUCAUCAAAACGCAGCUCUCGAAUAUCUUCUCGAUGUUUUCAAUCUAUUAUGUUCUUCAGUCUAUCAAUGAUUGGUAUUCAAUGUGCGAGCCCACAAAGUCCAGCAAAAAUUAUCCACUCUCCACUUGAUACAAAGGCAAUAGCCGGAGAAUCAGUCCUAUUUUUCUGUCAAGCUGAAGGUAAUCCUCUUCCUAGAGUUGUCUUCCGAUGGAAUGAUAAUGAAAUCACUCAAAAUCGACCAGGUUUACAAUUUAAAGAAUUAUCCGCAGAUAGUGUUGCCCUACGUGCUAAAUUAGAACCAAAUCACAACGGUGAUACUGUCACGUGUUUUGCACAAAAUCAUGUUGGAUCCGACUCAGCUACGGCACAAAUUUCCGUAUACAAUGCUAAUGAAACUCCACCAAGAGGAUUUCCAAAAGUUCAUCAAGAUCCUUCAGCAACUAUAAGUCAAGUUGGUGAUUCAACACAUUUACAAUGUGAUGUAUCAGCUGAACCUCAAGCAACAGUCUAUUGGAUAAAGGAUCAAUUUGAAUUGAUUGAUACAAGUCUUCCAAGAUUUCGAAUUGUUGGAUCUGGAUCCCUUGUAAUAGAAACUUUACUUGAAACUGAUUCUGGAGCGUAUGAAUGUAUGGCACGAAAUGAAAUAGGUACAGUAUUAAGUAAUUCAGGCCAUUUGCAUGUACGACGCAUUCAGUUCCCACCAACAAUUAAUGAAAUGCCUGAAAAAGUUGAAGUAUCUUCUGGUAAAGGUACAAAUUUGACCUGUCGAGCUGGAGGCUUUCCGAUACCUAUGGUUUGGUGGUCAACAUUAGGUACACCAGCUGGACCAAGAGUUUCAGGACCAAUUAUGCUAUCUGAACGUGCUUUAACAGAGCCACAACCACACGAAGCAACACUACGUUUAACAGAUAUCACAGAAUCAUCCGGUUAUAAUUGUAUUGCAAAAAAUGGUCUUGGUCUAGUAAGAAGAAAUGUUAGUGUCAUUGUAAAGCAACUCCCUGCUCCACCAUCAAGUCUAGAUGCACGACCUAUUGGUAGUACUUAUGCUGUAUUACGAUGGCCACCAAGUAUAUCAUCUGGUGUUGAUUCAUACACUGUUAGUUUACAAAUUGAUGAUGGUGGUUUAGGUGAACUUAGCCGUCGUCAAAUAACAAAUAUCGAUCCAUCUGAAAUGAAAUCAGAAAAUUCAUUUAAUAUAUUAGAUACAAAAUAUUCUCAAGAAAAUCCAAUGAUUGUUUAUAAUCUCACUGGUCUUAGUCCAUUUACUUAUAUUCAGCUCAAUGAUUUAGUAAAAUUUCGUACAGCAGAACUUGCACCUGGGACACCUCCUCAAGUAUUACAAGCUAUUGUUGAUUCUCCGAACUCUGUAGUAGUAACCUGGAAACCACCAGUUGAAUCCAAUGGUCGUAUCACUGGUUAUAAAUUGUAUUAUACAACUCGACCAGAAGAUUCACUUAACUCAUGGUUAAUUGCUAGAACAACACAAGAGAAAUAUCAAUUAACAAAAUUACUACCGAAUGCAACUUAUUAUAUUAAAGUCAAUGCAUUCAAUGCUGCUGGAGAUGGUCCAGUUAGUGAACAAUUACCAAUUGUAGUUACACCCGGAGUUCCAACCGCACCGACAAAUUUACGAGGUAUAUCACUGAAACCGACAAAUAUUCAUUUAACAUGGACACCACCUGAUGAUAUGUCAAAUGAUAGAAAAUUACUUGGUUACAGAUUGAGAUUUCGACCUGCCACUACUACCCCUACUGUUGUAGAUCAAAUAAGUGAUAUUAAAUCACCAUUGUCAUCAACAUCUAAUGAAGAAGAAAUUACUAAACAGAAACAAAAGUCAUUCAUCACUGAAACACGUGAUAUUGAUGCAACAGCGACACAGUAUUUAUUAACUGAUCUAGAACCAAGUACACGAUAUUAUUUAAGUUUAGCCGGUAAAUCAAUACACGGUUAUGGAGUAGCUGCUCAAAUUGAAGUUCAAACGAAUGAUUACCCAUUUGAUCUACCUUCACCAAAAAAUGUACAAUUACGUACACUGACAAAUGUUAGUGCAAAAAUUUGUUGGGACCAACCAAAUUUACCAGAAUUAAUGUAUUCUAUAAUAUCUUAUGAAAUUUUAUUUGGAUUAUCGAAUGAAUCGAUUAGUCCAUUAAAUGCUACUGGGAUUAUACCAUUACCACAAUCAAUAUGUUGUUGUUUCACUAUGAUGCAUUUACGCCCCGGUACUGAUUAUCGUAUUUGGUUACGUUUAGUCAGUCAUAAAACUCUGCCAACAACUAUUGUCAAUAAUUAUGAUGAUAAUAAUGGAUUUAUGAAUAAAAAUGUGGCACCAUGGUCGUCGAUCGAUUCAAAGAAUAAAAUCACUGGUCCAGUGUCUGAACUACAGGCAUUUCGUACAUUAAUAAGUGUCCCAAUGAAACCAAGAAAAUUACAUCUUGUGGACAUACACAAAAGAACUCGUUUAACAUCAGUAUUAUCACGAACAGAUCAAGCUGGUGUACAUGGACAAGUAGACCUACCAUAUUUAUGUGUUGAAUUAGCAUGGGAUCCUCCUGAAGGUCUACAUACCACAAAACAAAUCAGUUAUCAAGUAUUUGUUAGACUGAUAGGUCCGCAAGAAUUAAUAGAAGAACUAACAGAUACUACUUUAAGUUCCAGUGAAUUAUAUGGGUCCAGUUUAGAACGUGAAGGUGGCCAUCCAUUAUUACAAAGGAGAUUACUAGCCAAUGUUACUGGAAAUACAUUUAGAUCAUCAGAAAGUGACAGGAUUGGUUAUGGAUUAACCUACUUAUUUGAAGUUGCACUUAUGAAUACAAGUUCAGUAGGUCUUACAGCUCAAUUAGAGGUGACUACACCAGAUGCACCUCCUUCUAGCAGUCCAUUACAUGUUCGCUUAAGUGGUUUAUCAUCAAGUUCCGUUGAAGUUAGCUGGGCUCCACCUCCAGUACAAUAUCGUAAUGGGAAACUUACUGGUUAUGAAGUUAGAAUUUUCGAAGUUGGUGCUGAAACACAAACUGAGACUAUAAUCAAAGUGACAGUACCAGGACAAAGGCAAUAUACAGCAAGAGGAUUAAAAGAGAAAACAUUUUAUACAUUUAUGGUUAGAGCAUUUACUUCAGCUGGACCUGGACCUUGGUCUGGUGCAAGUAAUAUACGUACAAGUAUUGAGUUACCACCUCCACCAUUAGAUAUUCAAGCCUCAAGAAUUAACCAACAUCAAAUCAAAGUAACCUGGCGUAUACCAACACGCGAAGAUCAAAGUGGUGUAGGCAGUAAACAAAUCUCAAUACAAGGUUUUCGUCUACUCUAUUCCGCUAAUAAUAAUCCUUAUGAAUCGGGUCAAUGGACGUCAUUUGAUGUUGGCCCAGUUAAUAUGGCCAUUAUAAGUCAUUUAGAAAGUAAAACGAGUUACGUAAUUUGUAUUAAAUCACGUGGACCAGAUGGUCGUUAUGGUGACUGCAGUCAACCGGUAAUUAGUCGACUAGCCAGCGGUAAUGGUGAAAGUGAUUUCUCAGUACGUGGUUUAUUUUGUUCUGGAGAUGAUACUAGUGUGAAGGUUACUUGGCAACAACCUAAACGAACGGAAAAACUAGAAGGCUUUAAAUUGCGUAUUGGUGGCUCCAAGAAAUUCGCUGAUGAUGCUGGUGUAAUUAAACGUUUGGAAUUCCCAGCUCGUAGUGUCAGUGUAACAUAUGCUGCAUUACAUUCUGGUUAUACGUAUACAGUUAGUGAUCUGGAACCGAAUAGUGUUUAUGACGUACAGUUAAGUGCAUAUUAUGAUUUAACAUUGAAUAUGCAAAGCAAUUGGGAAACAACAAGUUGCUUUACUCAAAUGCAACGUCCACCAUUUGUACCAACACCAAUACCAGUUGCUGUAUCACCAAGUCGAUUACAAGUUUUACUUCAAUUAAGUCGUGUUAGUGAACAAUAUGGAAAAAUACGACAAUAUUUCCUAGUUGUUGCUCCUGUUCACUUAGCUGAUAGUUCAACAGAAAAGAUAAGUAUAGACACAACAAUUACAGCAUCUAGAGGUCUUCCAAGUUCAGAAACACGUUAUGUUGCAGCUCGUUACCUGCAAGAUUAUUUUGAUCCCCCGCCAAGACAUUCUAGAAACUUUACACUUGGUAGUUAUAAUGUAAAAACAAAUCGACCUCAAAGACAUGUUAAUUCAAGUCGAAUUCGACGUCAGACUAUGACAACGGAUGAUGAAUUUCAACAUGAACAAGACUCAGAAAUUAUGUUUGACAAUAAAGCUUUAGUUCUUGGACAAGAAUACAAAGCAUUUGUUAGAGCCUGUGUAUUUCAAGAAGAUCAGUCUACUUCUGAUGGCCCAGAAGCAUAUCGCCAUCUUCCACCAUGGAGCGAAAUGAUGAAUAAGCAUUUAAGAGAUAGCGAAUUCAGAAAUAAAAAUAAUCUAGAUGCAUCUGAUAAUAGGAAUAGUAAUUCAUUAGGAUUUAGCCUAACACGUGGUUUCACGGGGUCAAACAGAGAUCUAUUUAUUAUUGGACUAGUUGCUGUAAUCGUUAGUUUGGCAUUAAUUGUCGUGAUAUGCAUUGCAUUUGGAUGUUUUAUACGUCGUAAACGUCGUCCGAAACUAAUCAACCAUUUAACUCCAAAUGAUUCGACAAUGAAACAACCACUGAUGCGAAUGAACGACUGUGGCCCAGCUAAUGGAAACAGUUUUCCAUUAAUCACAAGUGGAAUAGAAGUAAUAAAUACUAAUUUUACAUCCUCUGUCGACAAACGUGGUAGUUCGGUUGUUGGUAAUGAUAGCCUGAAAAGUGCAACUCUUAUCGCUGCCUCAUCACCAGGACCACCACAAUCCUCAUUAAUUUCGUCAAUAUCAGCUACAGGUAGACCAAAUCUGAUCACAUCAGCAACAUCAAGCCCACUUACAGGCAUUGCACAAUUGGAUCCAAGGCAUCACGUUACUCAGGCUCCUUCUCCAAUAAUCGAUAUGUCGGUACACCAUGGUUAUUCCCUUGGUUUGACAAAUCUCAAUACUCCACCAGCAAUCCAACAACCAAUGAAUCCUUUUAUUUCACAUCGAGGUGGGACUUCAAGCAGUCAUACAGGAAGUCAUCCAAGUUCUUUAACUGGCAGUGGAACAGGUGCAGCAUACAAUGUAAUGGGAAUAAAUAAUAAUUGUGUUAGUGAAAAUAAUGCUGCUACAAUAUGUGACGGUUUGAUAAUUGCAAGAAAUGGCUUACCAGGUUCUGAAAGUGGACCCGAAUCCGCAUUUGACAUGCCGCACUUACCAUUUGAAAUGAAAGGUCAUUCGAUGCAUCACCCGAUCCCCGUUAAUCUCCUACCAGACCACGUUGCACGACUUUCGGCUGCAGACAAUUUAUUAUUUUCACAAGAAUAUGAAUCUAUUGAAACUGAACAACAGUUCACAUGGGAAAAUUCUAAUCUUGAUGUGAAUAAACCUAAAAAUCGUUAUGCUAAUGUAAUUGCUUAUGACCAUUCCAGAGUUGUUUUACAAUCAAUCGAUUGUGUUCCCGGUUCUGAUUAUAUCAAUGCAAAUUAUAUCGAUGGUUACAGACGGAUGAAUGCUUAUAUUGCUACUCAGGGUCCUACCCCCGAGACAUUUUCCGACUUUUGGCGUAUGAUAUGGGAACAACGUGUAUCAAUUAUCGUAAUGAUGACUAGAUUAGAAGAACGUUCUCGUGUUAAAUGUGAUCAAUAUUGGCCAUCACGUGGACCAGAAUCAUUUGCAAGUGGCCUCUUAUUGGUUAAACCUGUUGAUACCAUUGAAUUAGCCUAUUAUACUAUACGUACAUUUCAUUUAACAGCUCGUGGAAUUGAAGAUGAAUGUAGAGAAGUUAAACACUUUCAAUUUACUGGGUGGCCAGAUCAUGGUGUUCCUGAAUAUCCUAUACCAUUAUUAUUAUUUAUUCGACGUGUUCGAGCUACACUAGCACCGAAUACAAAUAAUAUGUUUCAAUCCAAUCAUAAUGUGGAACAAGCACCAAUUGUUGUUCAUUGUUCUGCUGGCGUAGGAAGAACAGGUGCAUUCAUUGUAAUUGACAUUAUGCUAGAAAGAUUGAAAUAUGAAAAAACUGUAGAUAUUUAUGGUUGUGUUAAAGCAUUACGUAAACAACGUAAUUUUAUGGUUCAAACAGAAGAUCAAUACAUUUUCAUACAUUCAGCUCUUUUAGAAGUAAUUGAUGCUGGAAAUACUGAAGUACCAGCUAGAAAUUUAUCUGCUCAUAUUAAAAAAUUACGUAUGUUAGAUACAACUGGUGGUUCAGGUAUGGAAUUGGAAUUUAAAAAAUUGGCACAGUUUCGAUUACCACAUGCUAAAUACACUUCAGCACAACAGGGUUGUAAUAAGAAUAAAAAUCGUCUAUUGAAUAUAUUACCAUAUGAAUCUACUCGUGUCCCAUUGCAACCUAUACGUGGUGUUGAAGGAUCUGACUACAUAAAUGCUAAUUUUGUGGAUAGUUAUCGUGAUCGAAGAGCAUAUAUUGCAACUCAAGCUCCAAUGGCAAAAACAGUGGAAGAUUUCUGGAGAAUGAUUUGGGAAUUGAAUUCUAACAUUGUUGUAAUGUUGACCGAUCUGAAUGAACGAGGUCGAGAAUGUUGUUAUCCUUACUGGCCAACAGAAAGAUCAUCUAGAUAUCAGUAUUAUGUUGUUGAUCCUAUGGUUGAAUAUAAUAUGCCAAAUUACACACUGAGAGAAUUUAAGCUAACAGAUGCACGUGAUGGUCAAGCACGUACGCUUCGCCAAUUUCAGUUUACAGAUUGGCCUGAGCAUGGUGUACCUGAGAGUUGCGAAGCAUUUAUUGAUUUCCUUGGACAAGUACAUAAAACCAAGGAACAAUUUGGACAAGAUGGUCCAAUUACUAUACAUUGCAGUGCUGGAGUCGGUAGAACAGGUGUAUUCUUAGCUUUAUCCAUUGUUCUUGAAAGAAUGAGACAUGAAGGAAUUGUAGAUAUGUUUCAAACUAUACGAAUGCUUCGAACACAACGACCUGGUAUGGUUCAAACUGAAGAUCAAUAUCAAUUUUGUUAUAAUGCAGUUUUAGAAUAUCUUUCAUCAUUUGAUCAUUAUUCAGUAUAA